ACGGCGCCGCGAAGGAGUGAGUCCAUCCGGUUUGGUCCGCGGCUUCGUCUUUCAGCGUGGUCGGCCAUGGAAGCCCGCCUGGCCUGCUUUUUCGUCUUUCUCUGCCUGGGGUGCGCCCUGGCGGCCCCGGAGCUGCUUAAUGAAGACGUAAAGCGGACGGUGGACCUCGGGACGCACCUGGCCAAAGUGACCGCCGAGCUGACCCUGGCCAAUACGGCGGGAGGCUCUGGGUCCGCCAACUCCUUUCUUCUGGCUUUGGAUCCCGGCUUGGAGAGCCACCUGGCCUACCUGGGGGUGCAGGUGAAAGGUGAGGAAGAGGAGGAGAAUACUUUGGAGAUGAAAGAGACAAAGGUAAAAGGUAAAAGUGGCAAAUUCUUCUCGGUGAAAUUGCCAUCUCCUCUGGCUCCAGGUGCAAAGAUUCGCUUAUCUGUCGAAACAGUUUUUACGCAUGUUCUGCAGCCGUACCCUACACACAUUUCCCAGGCAGAGAAGCAAUUUGUGGUGUUUGAGGGUAAUCAUUAUUUUUAUUCUCCAUACCCAACCAAGUCCCAAACUACUCGUGUAAAACUGGCCUCAAGAAACGUUGAAAGCUACACCAAAUUAGGCAAUCCCAGCCGGUCAGAGGAUAUAAUUGAAUAUGGACCCUUCAAGGACGUACCACCAUACAGCGAGGAUGUCCUUAAGGUGCAUUAUGAAAACAACAGUCCGUUCCUGACUAUUACUAGCAUGACACGUGUCAUUGAAGUAUCUCACUGGGGUAAUAUUGCAGUAGAAGAGACGGUUGACCUAAAGCAUACAGGAGCUGUGCUCAAAGGGCCUUUCUCCAGAUAUGACUACCAAAGGCAGCCAGACAGCGGAAUAUCUUCUGUGAAGUCAUUUAAGACUAUCCUCCCUGCUGCUGCUCAAGAUGUAUAUUACAGAGAUGAAAUUGGCAACAUAUCUACCAGUCAUCUUCUCAUCCUGGAUGACUCUGUGGAAAUGGAGAUUCGCCCUCGUUUCCCACUGUUUGGUGGUUGGAAGACACACUAUAUCAUUGGUUAUAAUUUGCCGAGCUAUGAAUACCUCUUUAAUCUUGGUGAUCAGUAUGCCUUGAAGAUGAGAUUUGUUGACCACGUAUUUGAUGAGCAAGUUACAGAUUCGCUAACUGUAAAGAUGAUCCUUCCAGAAGGUGCCAAAAAUAUCCAUGUGGACAGUCCGUAUGAAAUCAGCCGGGCUCCGGAUGAGCUUCACUACACCUAUUUGGACACAUUUGGCCGCCCAGUCAUUGUGGCACACAAGAACAACUUAGUUGAGCAGCACAUCCAGGAUAUUGUGGUCCACUAUAACUUUAACAAGGUCCUGAUGUUGCAGGAGCCUCUGCUAGUAGUUGGAGCCUUCUACAUCCUAUUCUUUACAGUGAUCCUUUACGUGAGAUUGGACUUCUCCAUCACUAAGGAUCCAGCAGCAGAAGCUAGGAUGAAAGUUGCCUGCAUUACGGAGCAAGUUCUCACUGGAGUAAAUAAGAGACUAUGCCUGUACCGCCUUUUUGAUGAAGCUGUGAAUAAGUACAAGCAGUCACGGGAUAUUUCCACCCUGAACAGCGGCAAAAAAUCUCUGGAGACGGAACACAAGGCCUUAACCAAUGAAAUAUCCUCAUUGCAAUCCAAGCUGAAGGCAGAAGGCUCUGACCUGUGUGACAAAGUCAGUGAAAUUCAAAAACUUGAUGGCCAAGUUAAGGAGCUGGUUCUAAAAUCGUCUGUGGAGGCAGAACGGCUGGUUGUUGGCAAACUUAAGAAGGACACCUACAUCGAGAAUGAGAAGACCAAUUCCAACAAGCGUCAGGAGCUGGUCACCAAAAUUGAUAACAUCCUUGAUGCGCUAUAAGUUAGAAGUAAAAAGUUAAGGGGUGGGGAGGGAAUGGGCAUGCUGAGCCAUACCAAGCGGGAAGUGGGGUUUAGGGAAAUAUGUCUGGCCUACAAAAUUGGGGCAAAGGAGAAAUCAUUUUGGAAACUGCCUUCAAAGUUUUGGGAUUAGUUAUGUUAGGGCCUGUUUGCUCUGUGAUGCUUACUAUCUGGAAGAGGGGUGGUUGUAGCAUGUCCUGGACUUACUAUAACCACGGUCCUUCCAUAAAGCUCAAACAGUAAUGACUUCAAAGUUUUCCUAGUUACCAGUAGGGAAACAUGGACCACAGGCCCUCACCUAGCACUGAAUGUCUCAGUGGGAGAGUAUAAAUACAAUUGAUUUGUACGAAGGUUGGGUAGCAAAUUUUUCCUUCUGUCCUACACCAUUGAAUUUCUACUUCUGUAUUUUGGAGAUGGGUGUGUGGAUAAGUAACUUGAACAAAGGAUUUUUUUUUUACUAUUUGUCACACAAAUUGAGAUUCUUACACCUGAACUUUCUGAGCCUUCUGAAAUGACAUCAUUGGCUAGAGUCCAGUGCAAGCGAAGAGGGUCAGUGAGGUUCAAAUGCUUAUAAGCCUGUAUAUUUCCUCAGAUGGUUUGUUCCUUUUUUAAAAAACAAAACAAAAAACAACUUUGUAGGAAAUGCCAAACUGAAAUAAAGGCUUGUGGAUGUUC